UAUUAUUAUUCUUGGGUUUAUAUAAAGACGAUUAAUUUCAAUUUCUUAACUCUCGUUCUGUCCUGACCUCCACCUUCACCUUCACAUACUCCGCUUAUCGCUGUUCAUCCGUUUCUGUUCUAUAUCCAUCCAACAUGAUCAUGGUACAUUCCGACGAUAACGCAUUCAUACGAUCGCUUACCCUUCUUCGGCGAUGCAACGAUCCGCGGUUCUAUUGUGAUUGCUUUGCGUUGCUGCUCUUUCAUAUUUUCUUCUCUUCUUAGCAAUGCUAGGCGAGAUCUCAGUUAAUCGUUGUUCAACACCCUUCUGUCUGUUCCUUCUUGUACAUGAUUCUAACAAGAUCGGUGCAUAUAAACGAUGUGUUCCGGAUGACGAUAUCUAUAGGGUGCAAUAACCCGGCGAAUUGUCGAAAGGGCUCUUUUCGGAUUGAUAUGGCAUGGUGCUGUGUUAUUAUGGUUUAAACGAAAUGAUGUGGAGAGUGCGUUGAAGCGACGGAAUGUUUGGCUGAGCGAGUGGUGACGGUGGGUGAGGUCGCUGCAUUAGUGAUCGUCUAUGUAUGUUAUGGUAUUUUAAGGGAGUACGAGCAGCCGAUCAACAGCGUAGUCCAUCCUCCGGACGCUCCUUCCUUCCAUCUUGCAUCCUUAAGUCAUCCGUAACUUUAAGCGACGCCACAACUCGUUGUGAGUGCGCGCUCGGGUUGGUGGCGAACGGCGAGUCACUCACGAGCUUCGAAAUUCCUGUAGCCAAAACGUACAGCGCACCACACCCCUUCCUUCACCCUGUCCUUGCAGUUUGAUAGUAGUGCCCGCGGCCAUUGUUCGGAUGCUGGAAGGGGAAUGCCCACAGCGAAGUGGGGGCAACCGGGGGACCGAGGAGAAUGCAGGAGGGCGGGGGGCGCAAAAACCUGUCAGAUUCGGUGGAAAUUCCUUUCCAGGUGAAUGAGAGGAGUGACCAGUGAGUGUCCGGAAUACGGAAGAAGAACCACGAUGACGAUAGGCGAUGACGACAACGACAACAACUACAACGACGACGACGACGCGACACACUCAUCUGUGUGAUGUCCGGCUGGAUUGUGAACGGUAACGGCUACCGCUGUCGCUGCAGCCGCAAUCUCCAAUCAAUCUCGUCGCAGGCCGAAAACGAGAAGCACCGUUACUCGUGAGCGUUUAAGAGCGCGCGCGCGCGUUCGCAUCGGAUUGGUUUUUGGUUUUCGAACGGGAUUGAGGUUCACGCGCGUCCCCCCUCUCCUCCACAAGGGUGGUCACAACACACAAACCGGUGCUGCCACGGACACCACCGAUUGUGACAGUAAAAGUAGCAUCAAGAGCAGCAGCAUCAGCAGUACAUGCAAGAGUAGUAGUAGUAACAGUAGCAGCAGCAGCAGCAGCAGCAAAUCAGUGUGAAGUUCGUCAAUAUUCGUGAUCUCAAGCCUCGGUCCGAAUUAUCAGUUGGACGAGUUCCACUUCUCCAUCUAUCAAUCGACGUAUACAUACAGCCAGCUAAUCCAAUCGGCAGCAUCCCCCACGAAUCAUCCCGUGCUCAUUGCGGCCAUGGUGCCGCAGGUACGCGGACCGACAACUGUCUAUUGACCACCUACCUAAACCGAGACAGCAUAACACAGCAGCAGCAGCAUCAGCAUACUCAACACAACCCCAAUCAAACGAAAAACAAGCGCUCUAGCGCCGCGUCUGCAUCGAAGUCCGCCGAGUAGCGGGAAGAUAACGUCGCGCGAGAUGGGACAACCAGUGCGAUCGAUGGAGGGUGGCCGGGCCGGCCGCUGGUUCAUACUGCUCGUUGCCACACUCUGUUCCCUGCCCAUCCACAGUGACAGUCAGGUCCUUUACGAGGGCGAUGCAUGCGUGCUGCGCGACGGUACGGCGGGUGUCUGCACCGAGUCGACCGAGUGCCCGUGGUUCCUCGAGACGAUCGUUAAGAACAAGCGGUUCGCGGACCGCGUCAGCUGCGGGUUCGAUGGGCUGAACGAGGUGAUCUGCUGCAAGCAGGACCGGGCUCAGGUGACUGGCGUGCGGUCGCGGCUCGCCUGCACCAGCGUACCCGAUUACGAGGCCCGGCUCACUUUCCACAUUAUCGACGGUGAGGAGGCGGAGGACGGCGAGUUCCCGUUCAUGGCGGCCCUCGGUUACCCCUCCGAUGAGCCGGUCGUCAAUGUGAGCUACCGGUGCGGUGCCAGCCUGAUCUCGCCCGACUUCCUGCUCACCGCCGCCCACUGUAUCCCGAUGAGCGACCGGCCGACGGUGGCGAUACUCGGCACGAACAACCUGGCCCCAGGUAACCACGGUACCGUGAUCCGGUUGAAGGCCUUUUUCCCGCACCCGGAGUAUCGUUCGAACCGGAACUACCACGAUAUCGCGCUGGUGCAGCUGGAUCGACCGAUCGAGAACGAGCCGGACGUCAACCCGAUCUGUCUGCACGACGAUCGGCAGGAUCUGCCGGAGGACACGGUACUGUCGGCCGAGGGUUACGGCAUUAUCGAUCUCGACCGCAACCAACGAUCCAACCAGCUGAUGAAGGUGAACCUGACGACGGUGGCGUGGCACAAGUGCAACCAGAGCUUCGCGGACGCCAAUCUACUGAAGAACAACCGGAAGCUACCGCAGGGCAUAGUCGAGACACAGUACUGUGCGACCGGUGUCGAGAACAAUGUUACCAAGAUGGUGGGCGAUACGUGUCAGGGCGAUUCCGGUGGUCCGCUGCAGGUACUGAUCGACAAGAAGUACCGGCUGGUCGGUGUCACGUCUUUCGGGAACGGUUGUGGCAGUAACACCCCGAGUGUCUCGACACGCGUUGCCGCCUACAUCGAUUGGAUCGAAAGUAUAGUCUGGGCGUGAACAAAACAACCAACUAUCCUUUUUACCUCAAAUCGAGUGUUUCCCCGGUUCGGAUUGUGCAAUAAAAUUGGAUAGGUACCCUUUUGGUCUUUCCGAUGGUCCAGGA